CCCCAGAUCCCAAAAAGGGUGUAAGCAGUGAAUAAAAGUUGUUAAAUAAGAAUCUGAUUCGAAUGUAGGUUACUGCGUCAGAUAAAUUAUGGGAUACAAAUAUUUUGCUGAUAUAUCCGGAGGUAACUGUGCUUUCCCCAUUCUUGCCUUUAUCUAGCCAGAUUACCCCAUGCCCGAGGUGAUUCCUCUCGCCAUAGUUACAUCUCGGAGGCUUCCCCACGUCCUGAAGCAGGUGAGCCAGGUGUGGGCGUCCCCAGGGGGUAGGCGCACGCCCAUCACUCUCUUCGUGGAUGGUCGCAGCCCUGAGGCAAGAGACCUGAGUCGCCUCCUUAACGUAUCGGUGGUCGAGCACGACAACCCGGUGCCGCUAUCAUCGAUGAGCAGAGUCAACGCCCACAUCAAGUUCACUCUCGAGCGGGUGUUUGAGGAGUACUCCAAGGCUGAUAAGGCGAUCAUACUCGAAGACGACCUUGACCUCGCUCCUGAUUUCAUACCGUGAGUACCAGUCGCUUACAUAUACGGUGAUUUGAGUGGGAUCAAGAAUUUGUUAGAGGUCAAAGAAAGAUGUGUCAUUAUAAUCAUAAUUAUGAUUGUCACAGUCUCCGCACCGUCACUGAAGUGCAUUACUGUUGCAAUCAUCUCCUUCAGGUUUUAUUUGCUGUCAUAAUCAUUAUAUUCCCAAACAUCACAUGGAAACGUAAUCACUAUUAUCAUCUCCACCCUAUUUUAUCGUCACUGGAGACGCAUCACUAAUUUUACUCAUUAUUACCGUUACUGUUAUCACUGCUAUCUUCCUCAUUCCCCCAGGUUCUUCCAACAGACGGCGCCCUUAUUGAAAUCGGAUCCCAAGCUGA